AUGGCAUCGAAGAACCCAACCAGCGGAUUUAGACUGACGCAUGUCGGCCUUCGCGUUACGGAUAUCAACAGAUCCGUUGCGUUCUACACGGGUGCUUUUGGCAUGAAGGAAUUGGGCCGCAUGGGAUUGGACACGACCACGGUUGUUUUCCUCGGUUAUCCUGAUGCAGCGAAUCCACAAACGCAACUCUUCGCUAGGGAAGGUGUACUAGAACUAAAGUCCGAGAAAGGCAUGGCCGACUCAAGUGACUAUCCUGAUUUUCGAUUCGUCAAGCUGGCAAUCGGCGUCCCGGAUAUGGCAAAGGCCAUGGAAUAUAUCAGAAGUCACAAUGUUAGAAUACUCAAAGAAGCUGGCGUGACUCAGGGUUCAGAGGUCGUGGCUACGUUUUUAGGUUGCGAUAUGCCCGACAAGGGAUUUGACAGGCCUUUGUGGGAAGCCGCCGUGGCUGUCCCUUUUGUGGAAGACCCAGAUGGAUACCUCAUUGAAAUAAUCCCAUAUUGA